UAUACACCUCAGAGUUGGAAUCAAAUGGCCGCCAUUGGAACCGGAACCGAGUCACUCAGCUCCAGAAGAGCCGAGUUGGAAUCGUUCGACAACUCGAAAGCCGGCGCUAAGGGGCUGUCGGAUGCCGGAAUCACCAAAAUCCCUCCCAUAUUUCACUGCCAGAAACAGGAUCUCAACGCCGCCGCCGAGUCGGAGCUGAGUAUUCCGAUCAUCGACCUCCACGGCGGCGAAGAGGUGGUGAUGGAUCAGAUCGGAAGUGCCUGCCGGAAAUGGGGAUUCUUCCAGGUGGUGAACCACGGGAUUCCGGUGGAAGUUUUGGACGGAAUGAUUGACGGAAUCCGUGGGUUUCACGAACAAGAUUUGGAGUGGAAGAAACAAUUUUACAGCCGGGAUCGUGGUAAGAAAGUGGCCUAUUUUUCAAAUUUCGAUCUGUUCCAAUCAAAAGCAGCUAAUUGGAAAGACACUCUUUCUUUGUCCAUGGCUCCAAUCCAUCCCGAUCCUCAUGAGAUACCUGAAAUUUGUAGAGAAAUAGUGAUUGAAUACACAAAGGAAGUAAAGAAACUAGGGUGGAUUCUGUUGGAGCUGAUAUCCAAGGCUCUUGGGCUCGAAGGUAGCCAUUUGAAGGACAUUGGGUGCGCCGAUGGGGUCCUAAUGUUGAGCCAUUACUACCCACCCUGCCCUGAACCACACCUCACCAUCGGCACCGCCAACCACACCGACGUUGCCUUCAUCACCAUACUUUUACAGGACCAAAUUGGUGGCCUCCAAGUCUUGCACCACAAUCGCUGGCUCCAUGUUCCUCCCCUCCAUGGAGCUCUUGUGAUCAACCUUGGUGAUUUCCUUCAGAUUGUAUCCAACGAUGCAAUGGUGAGUGUGAGCCACAGGGUGGCGGCGAAAAAGAUAGGGCCAAGGGUUUCAGUAGCAAGUCAGUUUCGACCCUACGUAGGAGAGGACGUGGGAAACUCGAAAGUAUAUGAACCGAUUAAAGAGUUGUUAUCGGAAGACAACCCUCCAAAAUACAAACAGGUUGAUCCCAAAGAAUAUAUUAAGCUACACGCUUCAAAAGGAUUUGAUGGGAGUUCAAAAUUAGAGUUGUUUAAGCUGUAGAACAAUGUUUCUGCAACUCAGAUGCAUUGUUUCGGGAGAAAUAAUUGUGCACUAAGUUUUUCUUUUCUUUUUUGAAUAUAUGUAUUGAAAAAAUAAUUAUGGACAAGUUGUUUGAGAUAUAAAGAGAAAUGCAACUUUAAGGACA